AUUAGUUGGUUUCGGAGAGGGGGAGGGAGCCCGAGCCGUCGCGAGCGCGGAGGAGACAAAGCCACUUCUGCGGGCCCGGCUGGGGUUUCGUCGGGGGCUCCGUGGCACCCUAGCCCGCGGGAACGGGCGCUGUGGGCCCGCGCGCAGCUCAGCCUCCCGCCACCGGCGCCUUGCAACAGGUCCGCUGCCUCCGGGGUGGCCUCGCUCUCGGCUCCCCUCCCCCGCACUCCGCGACUCCCUCCCAGGUCGCUUCUGCUCGGAUCCGGGCUGCGGUCUGGCCACCCGCUUCGAUGCGAUUCGGGUCCAAAAUGAUGCCGAUGUUUCUUACUGUGUACCUCAGUAACAAUGACCAACAUUUCACAGAAGUUCCAGUUACUCCUGAAACGAUAUGCAGAGAUGUGGUGGAUCUGUGCAAAGAACCUGGCGAGAGCGAGUGCCAUCUGGCUGAAGUGUGGUAUGGCUCUGAACGUCCAGUUGCUGAUAAUGAGCGAAUGUUUGAUGUUCUGCAACGAUUUGGAAGUCAGAGGAAUGAAGUUCGUUUCUUCCUCCGCCAUGAAUGCCCUCCCAGCAGGGACACUGUGAGUGGACCAAGGUCUCAGGAUCCAAGUUUAAAAAGAAAUGGUGUAAAAGUUCCUGGUGAACAUCGAAGAAAGGAGAAUGGUGUUAAUAGUCCCAGAAUGGAUCUGACUCUUGCUGAACUUCAGGAAAUGGCAUCUCGCCAGCAGCAACAGAUUGAGGUCCAGCAACAAAUGCUUGCUACUAAGGAACAGCGUUUAAAGUUUUUGAAACAACAAGAUCAGCGUCAACAGCAACAAGCUACUGAACAGGAGAAACUUAAGAGGCUGCAAGAAAUAGCUGAGAAUCAGGAAGCGAAGCUAAAAAAAGUGAGAGCACUUAAAGGCCAUGUGGAACAGAAGAGGCUAAGCAAUGGGAAACUGGUGGAGGAAAUUGAACAGAUGAAUAGUUUGUUCCAGCAAAAACAGAGGGAGCUCGUUCUGGCUGUGUCAAAAGUGGAGGAACUUACAAGACAGCUAGAGAUGCUCAAGAACGGCAGGAUAGAUGGCCACCAUGACAACCAGUCUGCAGUGGCUGAGCUGGAUCGCCUCUACAAGGAACUGCAGUUAAGAAACAAAUUGAAUCAAGAGCAGAAUGCCAAGCUGCAACAACAGAGGGAGUGUUUGAAUAAGCGCAAUUCAGAAGUGGCAGUCAUGGAUAAGCGCGUUAAUGAGCUGAGGGACAGGCUGUGGAAGAAGAAGGCAGCACUGCAGCAAAAAGAAAAUUUACCAGUUUCGUCUGAUGGAAAUCUUUCCCAGCAAGCCGUGUCAGCACCGAGUCGAGUGGCUGCAGUAGGUCCUUAUAUCCAGUCCUCUACUAUGCCACGGAUUCCCUCCAGGCCUGAGCUUCUGGUGAAACCGGCCCUACCAGACGGUUCCUUGACCAUGCAGGUUCCAGAGGGGCCGAUGAAAAUGCAGACAUUGCCUAAUAUGAGAACUGGGGCUGCUUCACAAACUAAAGGCUCUAAAAUCCACCCAGUUGGCCCUGAUUGGAGUCAUUCAAAUGCAGAUCUUUUCCCCACUCAGGGCUCUGCUCCUGUACUUAAAAGUGCUGGGAAUACGCUGGAACAAGCUGAUGAUGGGGAGGUUCCACUGAGGGAGAAAGAGAAGAAAGUGCGCCCCUUUUCAAUGUUUGACACAGUGGACCAGUCUGCUGCCCCACCCUCGUUUGGUACUCUGAGAAAGAACCAGAGCAGUGAAGAUAUCUUACGGGAUGCUCAGGUUGCAAAUAAAAAUGUGGUUAAAGUACCACCUCCUGUUCCUACAAAACCAAAACAGAUUAAUUUGCCUUAUUUUGGACAAACUAAUCAGUCACCAUCAGACUCUAAGCCAGACGGAAAUCCUCAGCAGUUGUCAACAGCCAUUACAUCCAUGGGAAAUAAACCAAAACCAGCAGGACAGCAGCAGAGGGUCCUGCUGUCGCCCAGCAUACCUUCAGCUGGUCAAGAUCAAACCCUUUCUCCAAGUUCUAAGCAAGAAAGUCCACCUGCUGCUGCUGUCCGACCCUUUACUCCUCAGCCUUCUAAAGACUCACUGCUUCCACCCUUCAGAAAACCACAGACUGUGGCAGCAAGCUCAAUAUACUCCAUGUAUACACAGCAUCAGGCUCCUGGAAAAAACUUCCAACAGGCAGUGCAGAGUGCGUUGACCAAGACCCACACCAGAGGGCCACACUUUUCUAGUGUAUAUGGCAAGCCUGUGAUUACCGCCCCAAAUCAACAGCAGCACCCAGAGAACAUUUAUUCCAAUAGUCAGGGCAAGCCUGGUAGUCCAGAACCUGAACCAGAGCCUGUUUCUUCAGUUCAGGAGAACCAUGAAAAUGAAAGAAUUCCUCGUCCGCUCAGUCCAACCAAAUUACUGCCUUUCUUAUCUAAUCCUUACCGAAACCAGAGUGAUGCUGACUUAGAAGCCCUCCGAAAAAAACUGUCUAAUGCGCCAAGGCCACUGAAAAAACGUAGCUCUAUUACAGAGCCUGAGGGUCCCAAUGGGCCAAAUAUUCAGAAACUUUUGUAUCAGAGAACCACCAUAGCUGCCAUGGAGACCAUCUCUGUCCCAUCAUACCCAGCUAAGUCACCUUCGGUGUUGGUCAGCCCAGAAAGCCCAAUAGAAAUCCAAAACCCAUAUUUACCUGCGGAACCGGAGAAGGAGGAGGUCUCCCUGGCUCCUGAUCCAGUGUCCCCAGAGGAAGCGGGGAGUGCCAGUACAGAGAAAAGUGACGUACCAGCUCCUCCUCUGGGCCUUGACUAUGUGCCUGAAGGAGUCCCAGAGUGCGGCCCGAAUCUCCAGAAUAAUGUGGAAGAACCAAAUCCAGAGGUUCCCCACCUGCUUGAGGUGUACCUGGAGGAGUAUCCCCCAUACCCACCCCCACCGUACCCAUCUGGUGAGCCUGAAGGGCCAGGAGAAGACUCUGUGAGCAUGUGCCCACCUGAAAUCACCGGGCAGGUUUCUCUGCCUCCUGGCAAAAGGACAAACUUACGCAAAACUGGCUCAGAGCGGAUUGCUCAUGGAAUGAGGGUGAAAUUCAACCCCCUUGCUUUACUUCUAGAUUCAUCACUGGAAGGAGAAUUUGACCUUGUACAGAGAAUUAUUUAUGAGGUUGAUGACCCGAGCCUGCCUAAUGAUGAAGGUAUCACAGCUCUUCAUAAUGCUGUGUGUGCAGGUCACACAGAAAUUGUUAAAUUCCUGGUACAGUUUGGUGUAAAUGUCAAUGCUGCUGACAGUGAUGGAUGGACUCCAUUACAUUGUGCGGCCUCAUGUAACAAUGUUCAAGUGUGUAAGUUUUUGGUGGAAUCUGGAGCUGCUGUGUUUGCUAUGACCUGCAGUGACAUGCAGACUGCUGCAGAUAAGUGUGAGGAAAUGGAGGAAGGCUACACGCAGUGUUCUCAGUUUCUUUAUGGUGUUCAGGAAAAAAUGGGCAUAAUGAAUAAAGGAGUCAUUUAUGCACUUUGGGAUUAUGAACCUCAGAAUGAUGAUGAGCUGCUCAUGAAAGAGGGAGACUGCAUGACAAUCAUCCGCCGGGAAGAUGAAGAUGAAAUUGAGUGGUGGUGGGCACGCCUUAAUGAUAAGGAGGGAUAUGUUCCACGCAACUUGCUGGGACUGUACCCAAGAAUUAAACCAAGACAAAGGAGCUUGGCCUGAACUUUACAGAAUUUUAGUUAAUGAAGAACUAAUUCCUGUUAACACUAAGAAGAAAUGAUAUGAUUAUUUUUGACAAAAAAUUUCACAAGACUUAUUUCAGUGACAAUGUAGCUUGAAAGUGCUGAAGAAUGUGAAGAAAAUGAAGGAUUGAAAACUCCCUUUAGCGAAGUACAUUGAGCUAGAUGAAAUGGAGCUAAUGAGUAAGCUGACCGGGCUGCUGGGGGGUGAAGGUGUUCCAUGCAGCACACAGAGGGUGGCAGCGGCAAUCCUGUUUUCUGCAAGAAACAAGACCAUUUGUUUUGCUGCUGUGAACAUCAACUUUAUGUCCUGCUUAGCUGGUUAUUUCAGCACCUGCCCUGUACUGGUCCUCCUGCCAGAACCCGGAAGGGCUGGGGGCAUCAUGGUGCCAUCUCCGUCCCCACAGCACCGGAAUGCCCUCAGGGCACUUGUGUGAAGGUCUGAAGGUGCGGCACGCCUCUGUACUGUCGGUGAAGAACUGUUAGUUGGUUGUCGGGGAGCAAUAACUUUAUUACAAGUUCUUGUAGCAUCUUUUUAUUAUACAUAUGUUUGAAAUAUUGACACUAAGCUACACUAUAGGUAAUCAGAUUUAGAAUACUGUUUUUAGGCUGAAUUUGAAUCUAUAUUUAUUGUCUUUUGUAUCUUGAAAAUUAGAAACUUGCUUUAGGCUUACUUAUAAUGUUUGUCAAAAUCAUAACUGAUUUUAAAAACAAUUGUAAUAAAAUUGAACUUUUUUUCUUUAAGCUUUUUACUGGUUUUAGUUCUUGAUGUCAUAAAUAGCCUUUGUUUAAAAGUCAAAAGCCAUUGGAAUAUCUUACCCAGCUGAAAAAUAAUGACCUGCUUGAUGCAAAUAUAUUUAUUGUAAUAAAUUUCCUUACCGCCGUGUGAUUAAAUGUAGGAAGUAUUUCUUUGUUCAUAAAAAACUCUCAGAUUUGCAA